AUUGUCGGGGUCCAUACCAUACUGUAUAUGCAGGUAAAGCCGGAUCCGGUAGCAGCUGUCUAAAUGUCUAAAUGCCAACUUUCCAAGGGCAAAGACUGGGUGCGCAUGUUUUAAGUCACCGCUCAUCCGGAUGACGAGAGAUUCACAGCAGGAAAGUUGUAAUGACGAUCCCGCCCAGUCUGUAGCGAGUGGAUAGUGUCAGUCAAAGGAUACCCAGGAGAAGGAGAAGGAGCAGGCUACUCCCCGUCGUCACGACAGUCUCCUUCCGUAGGUUAUCCGUGGCACUAUCCACUCGCCAUACCCACCACAGAACACGCGCCCCCUCCCUGUCGGUGACGUGCUCGGGAAGAAAACGGAAAGAAGAAAUAGCGAAGGAAAAAAUAAACAACGAGGAGAUUGUCUGCCUGAGGAGGCGUCUUUAUCUGCAGCCUUAAUUUGGAGAGACCGAAAAAGACAAUACAAGAUGGAGACAUGUCAAGUUAUUAGCUCCAGGUGUGAUAGGAGUACAGUGGAUUUCAGCAGAAUAUGAGUUUAAACACAUAAAUAAAGAAUCUACUAAGGAAAAGAAGGAUGAAGCUGAACGAACGCAGCGUGGCGCACUACGCCACCUGUGACUCCCCCCCAGACAAGACAGGCUUUCUGUUCAAAAAGGGUGAGCGCAACACAGCGUAUCACCGCCGCUGGUUUGUGCUGAAGGGUAACAUGCUCUUCUACUUUGAGGAGCGCGACAGCCGAGAGCCCAUCGGUGUCAUCGUCCUUGAAGGAUGCACCGUAGAGCUUUGCGAGUCAGCAGAGGAGUUUGCCUUCGCCAUCAAGUUUGACUGUGCCAAAGCGCGGGUGUACAAGAUGGCUGCUGAGAACCAAGCAGCCAUGGAGUCAUGGGUGAAAGCGUUGUCAAGGGCCAGCUUUGACUACAUGAGGCUGGUGGUGAAGGAGCUGGAGAGGCAGCUAGAGGAGAUCCAGGAGGCUGCAGGAGGUGGCUGUGUCGGGGCUGGAGUUGGAGGCCUGCAAAGCAGGCCUAAGUCGUCCUCCAGGCGAAACCAGGUGGUGGCACGGUCUAGGUCUGGAGCAUCCUCUUCUUCAUCAUCUUCAUCUUCCAUAUCGUCAUCAUCAAGUGCCUCUCCCAUGGCAGGCCCCUUCCCUGCCCAAAAGAGCCUCCAGGAUGAGGUGCAGCUCAUCUCUGAUUGUUCCAAGGAGAAUGGAGUUGCAUGGAGUAAACCGCCAGCUGCCUUUGCUAACGGCUUUGUUGAGGGAGCGUCUUCCUGUGUGGCCUGGGAAGCAUGCGCAGACUCUGGGAAUAACACUGUAAUUGAUUAUGGGGCUGAUGGGAUGAGGGCUCCACCAGUGCCACCCAGGAGAAGAGGAGCCUCUCUGGAAAGCCCCGUCUCCCCUGGCACUGGCUGCUUCUCCAAACUCCAUGACUGGUACGGCAGAGAGGUGGAGGAACUGAGAGUGCAGUGGCUCCAGAGCCAGUAAAGUAAUGGAUUAUCUCUUUUUUCCACAUUUUUAUCAUUCCUUCCUUCCUGAUCAUUCUGCAAUGUUAAACCCUUUUGAACUCAACAAACAGGGCACAAAACUUAUUUGCAAAUUGCAGUCUUAUCACCUAUCAAAAAAGACAAAUACUGAUUUUAAGAAUGAUUCCAGAUCCUGUCUGGCACAGGGGAAUCAAUCUGUCUUCAGCAUCAACACUAUCCAUUGCACAAUCCAAUACAAAAUAUGCUCUUUUCCACAGUUUUUUUAAUGUCAUUUGCCAUGGACAAUUAAAAUUAGUAGAUCCAAUUUAGAAAAAUAUAUUCUAUUAUUAAAUUGCCAAUAUUCAAGAUUAUAUAUGCCCUUCAAGCUUCCAAAUGUACUUGUGCAAUUGGGGUCAGUUUUCUUUAAAAUUGUAGCAACCUUGAGCUAAACUUCAGGUAUACAUGGAAACUAUGGUGUUAAGCAUUUGAAAAACGGGAUAAAAUUAAAUAAUUAACUGCUAAAAUCACCACCUUUUUUCCAAUCCCAGGGUGUUUUUGUUAUAUGCAAAUGAAAUAAAGGCCAUAUACUGUAAAUAAUGAUCUGAAGACAUUGCACAAAACAAAUCCACAUGGAUCAGGUUGCUACUGUAUAGUGACACGUUAUCCACAGCGUACAAAGGUGAAUGUAACAGGAAAUCCUGCAGCUGUAUGAUUGAUGAAGAAAAUUAUAAAAGCCGUUUGUACAGUUAAGGAUGUUUUUAUAAGCUAAUGUCAAGGGCACCAGGACAAUUAACAGCAUGUUUAAAAAGAAAGUCCUGUAAACUCUGGAUAAGAAGUGUUGGGGCAAAACUAGUCCAGUUUCUCCUCCCUACUCCCAGUGGGGCACAUCCCUCCCCAGAGACCCUUGUGGUUGCCAAGGUCAGAACAUCCUGUCGCCAGUGUCUGGGGACCACGGUGGGAGCUGGAUGUCUCGCUCAGAGCAACACACUGGUAUUUUUAGCCCUUGUUAGCCAGCGGCCAGAUGAUGCUGUGUCACAAGAGUGUUUGUCACUUAGUUUUCUUUUGACUCUUCUUGAACUUACAGGACUUUAACACUUGUCAUUGUAAUUCUGUGACAAUUUCCUAUCAUACAAUCAAGUCAUCUUAAUUUCAUCAUACUGUUUGUUUGUUACAGCUGAUUAACGUGAAUGUUACUGAAUGAGUGUAACUGUUAGAGGCCUAUACUUUAUUUAAACAUCUAACCUCUUGGUUUGUAUAUUAAUAUUUUACUCUUCCAUGUUGGAAAUUAAUACCAGUAGUCUGCAAAAUAGGCCUUUUUAAAACAUUUACUUUUAUAAUUCUAUAUCCAAUCACAUAGCCGUUUACGUUUUUGUUUUAUAUGUGCCUUAUGUUAUAUUUAUUAACUGUUAUUGCACUUGCAAUCACUACCAUACUUUCUUUCUUUCUUCGCUAAGGCUCAUGUUGUUGCAAUCACUUUUUGACAAUGGCUCUGUUUCUUCAGUCUGCAUCAUUCCUGUUCUACACUUGGCUUGUACAGUGUGGAUUGUGUGGUUGUUGUUUUUAAACAGCUGCAUCAGGGCGGUAUGCUUUUCAUAAGCAUUAACUAAAAUGAUUGUUGUACCAAUUUUAUUAACUCCAGAAGAGCAUUACUGUAAUUACAGAUGACGAUAGUCUGUUUUUUUAACAAUAAUAUUUAAAGGAAAAUGUGAUUGUGUCAAGUCAACCAUAUAAAUGAUCAUCUUUAUUCAAGAGUGCCAAAUGAGGAAUGCAACAUAAAUGCACAAUUAUUAAAUUGUCACGUGUUUCUUUUUCAAUUGACUUCCACGAUUGUAGUACACAUUUUCAAUGUUAUAGUACACGAUGAGUAUUAUUUUAAAUGACCAAUAAUAUUUAACAUAUUGUCCUGACAUGGUACCCUAAAAAGAUGAUUGUUAAAAAGCAUUUGUUGUAAACCAUUCAAUAAACAGUUUCAUUAAUA